UCAGUGGAGUCUCGGGCACUUCCGUUUGGGGACUGAGGUUGCUGCAGUUUUUCCGCGACAGUUUGGGUCAGUUCCGCGCCUUGCGGACCGUUCUGAAUUUCCUGGACCUAUGCAUUGGAUCCUCAACCAACUGGCGAUCGAAUUAGGGGAAAAGGGGCCUCGUCGCAGAGCAGAGGUUUGGAGCGGCAAAGGCAGCUGUUUGCGUUUUCGUCCGUGGCACCUUCUUGGGCUUGGGUCUGUCCUCACGUCCCGGGGGCACUGGGACUCGGUUGGGUCGCGUCUCACCUGGUUUCAGGGUUUCCGGGGCUCUGAGCUCGCCCACUCCGCCCCCUGCACCCCACGCGCGCGGCGACUUCUUCGCGAUGUAACGUUGGGAUGUUAAUCUCCUUGGGUUUCCCGUUACUGUUCUUUAAAAUGGGGACUUUAGGACCAUCCUAAUGGAAUCGUUUUGGGAACUGGAAGAGGUAACACAAAUGAGAGGCGUAAAGCAGUCCCUGUCACUUGGUGACUGGUGGUCUCUUGUUAAUUUCCCACGAAGCCUGUCAGGUCCCUGGGUGGGCUGAGAGCUCCAGCUGCAGGGGCCCUGGCCCUUGUCCCUGAUCCCUGCAGGACGCCGGAUGAUCCCGGAAGCCUUCCGACCUCUUUAGGAGGGCGAGGUUUGCGUCCACUUUCAUGAAGGGUGAGGAACAUUUAACUUAUGGGGGACGGCGACGCGGUCAGAGUAUUUCAUAGCUUUCUCCUUCCUCAACCCGACCUUUCCAAAAGAGCUGCAGGGAAGGACUUUUUGGCUUCUGACGGCAAAGCUCUACCUGAAUACCACCAGAAAUAUACCUGUAACCAGAGACAGCUGAUUAUAGCUUUCUGCAGCAAGGAAGCCCACAUAGCAGGAGCUAUCUUGGCACAAUUCUGCUUUUCCAGGAACUGCAUCACUCAGGACUCUGCAAGUUUCCAGAAGUAAGAAGGAAAAUGACCAUGUUCAAGGAGGCAAUGACUUUCAAGGACGUGGCUGUGGUCUUCACUGAAGAGGAGCUGGGGCUGCUGGACCUUGCCCAGAGGAAGCUGUACCAGGAUGUGAUGCUGGAGAACUUCAGGAACCUUCUCUCAGUAGGACAUCAAGCAUUCCACAGGGAUACUUUCCACUUCCUAAGGGAAGAAAAGAUUUGGAUGAUGAAGACAGCAACCCAAAGAGAAGGGGAUUCAGGAGACAAGAUCCAAACUGAGAUGGAGACUAUUUCAGAAGCAGGAACAGAUCAAGAGUGGUCCUGCCAGCAAAUCUGGGAAAAAAUUGCAAGUGAUUUAACCAGGUCUCAAGACUUGGUGAUAAAUAGCUCUCAGUUCUCCAGAGAAGGUGAUUUCCCCAGCCAGUCUGAGGCAGGACUAUCUGUAAUUCACACAAGACAGAAAUCUUCCCAGGGCAAUGGAUAUAAACAGUCCUUCAGUGAUGUCUCCAUCUUUGAUUUCCAUCAACAAUUACACUCAGGAGAGAUGUCUCAUACAUGUGAUGAGUGUGGAAAAAGCUUCUGUUACAUCUCAGCCCUUCGUAUUCAUCAGAGAGUCCACCUGGGAGAGAAACGCUACAAGUGUGACGUGUGUGGUAAGGAAUUCAGUCAGAGCUCACGUCUGCAAACUCAUCAGAGAGUCCACACUGGAGAGAAACCAUUCAAAUGUGUGGAAUGUGGGAAAGGCUUCAGUCGUAGAUCAGCGCUUAAUGUUCAUCAUAAAUUACACACAGGAGAGAAACCUUAUAAUUGUGAGGAAUGCGGGAAGGCCUUCAUUCACGAUUCCCAGCUUCAAGAACAUCAGAGAAUCCAUACUGGGGAGAAGCCAUUCAAAUGUGAUAUAUGUGGUAAGAGCUUCUGUGGUAGAUCAAGACUUAAUAGGCAUUCCAUGGUUCACACGGGAGAGAAACCAUUCCAAUGUGAUACGUGUGGUAGGAGCUUUCGUCAGAGAUCAGCACUUAAUAGUCAUCUUAUGAUCCACACAGGAGAGAAACCAUACAAAUGUGAGGAGUGCGGAAAAGGCUUUAUUUGCAGGCGAGAUCUUUAUACACAUCAUAUGGUUCACACGGGAGAGAAGCCAUAUAAUUGUAAAGAUUGCGGGAAGAAUUUCAGAUGGGCCUCGUGUCUUUUGAAACAUCAGCGAGUCCACAGUGGAGAAAAACCCUUCAAAUGUGAAGAAUGUGGUAAAGGAUUUUAUACAAAUUCACAAUGUUAUUCCCACCAGAGAUCCCAUAGUGGAGAAAAACCAUACAAAUGUGUGGAGUGUGGGAAGGGCUACAAAAGGAGGUUGGAUCUUGACUUUCACCAGCGCGUCCAUACAGGAGAGAAACUGUAUAAUUGUAAGGAAUGUGGGAAGAGCUUUAGUCGGGCCCCAUGUCUUUUGAAACAUGAGAGACUCCACAGUGGAGAAAAACCAUUCCAAUGUGAAGAGUGUGGGAAGAGGUUUACUCAAAAUUCACAUCUUCAUUCCCAUCAGAGAGUCCACACUGGAGAAAAGCCAUACAAAUGUGAGAAGUGUGGAAAGGGCUACAACAGUAAGUUUAAUCUUGAUAUGCACCAGAAGGUCCACACAGGAGAGAGACCAUAUAAUUGUAAAGAAUGUGGGAAGAGUUUUGGCUGGGCCUCGUGUCUUUUGAAACAUCAGAGACUGCACAGUGGAGAAAAACCAUUCAAAUGUGAAGAGUGUGGGAAAAGAUUUACUCAGAAUUCACAGCUUCAUUCUCAUCAAAGAGUGCACACUGGAGAAAAGCCAUACAAAUGUGAUGAGUGUGGGAAGGGCUUCAGAUGGUCCUCAACUCGUCUGACCCAUCAGAGACGCCACAGCAGGGAAACACCUCUCAAAUGUGAGGAGCAUGGGAAGAACAUUGUACGGAAUUCAUUCUCUAAAGUCCUAGAAAAAGUUCACAGUGUAGAAAAGCCAUACAAAUGUGAGGACUGUGGGAAGGGCUACAACAGGCGCUUGAAUCUUGAGGUGCAUCAGAGGGUCCACGUGGGAGAGAAAACAUGGAAGUGUCAGGAGUGUGAUAUGUGCUUUAGUCGGGCCUCAAGUCUUCAGCUUCAUCAGAAUGUUCAUGUUGGAGAAAAACCUUAGUGAUGUGAUGGUGCGAUAAAGUCUUCACUCAGUCUUCAUGAAUGCAAUCUCAUCUGAAAGUUCACAAAGGAGAGAAACAUUAAAAUAUGAGGCACAUAGUAAGCACUUCCCUUUGAGUACUUUAUCUCUGAAUCCAUGCUGAUGAUAAAUUUCACCCAUUCUUGGAAGAGGUAAAACCUUUGUUUAAGAUAACAUCAGUGCUUCAACCAUAACUCAGCAUGCCCCAGUAGUCUCAGGACCACCAUAGUGGAGAAUCCUUGUAAAUGGUGCAAUAAAGCUUCAUUCAGAAGUUUGAUAAUUACAGCUAUCAUUCAGGAGACAGGCCUUAGAAAGAGUAAGAGUUCAUGAAUUUGCUGAACUCUAACGGUGGACAUGCCAAAACUGACGUCCGCUAGAAUGUAAGCUACAUGUGUCUUUCUUUACUGCUAAAUCGUCACGGCCUUAACAUUGAUUAGCACUUGGUAUGUGUUCAGUACUUGUUUGUCAAAUUAAAGAAAGGAUAAAACAUAUGUAUGGAUUUGGAUACAAUUUUAUGUAUCCAAAAAGGGAAGCCUGCAAAAAAUAAUUCUGGGAAACAUGAGUUGAAAUGUAGAGUAAACUCAAUACUGCAAUCCAUAGCAAUAUUUUGAAUGUUAUUAUUUUUUCCUUUUAAUUUUUUUCUUGAUCAGAUUUAUUAUAUUCAUUGAAUAUUAUUUUAUUGCACUUGGCUCCUGACUUCCCCCCAUCCUGUGUUAAGUUGGAUUAUUAUUUGUGCCUCUAUCAAAUGUUCAUUGCUUUAUACGGCAUAAAUUUAACCGUCUUUUGUAGUUUUUCUCACAGUAUAGACUGAAAAGGUUUGGUUAAUUUUGCAAUGACAGGCCACUGCAUAUUUUACAAUUAAGUGUUCUCAACAGUAUUAAGGCAAGAUUUACAGUAACACUUUUAAAGUGCCAGAUGUACAUUGACAGAAAUUUUCUUAGUCAAUCCUAGAUUGAUCAUGAUUUGUGAUUUCUACGCAGGCCUUGGUAUGAUUGCCUUUUAAUUGCUGUACAAUUUCUUUUUUUUUUCUGGUAUAAAAUAUUCUAAAUUUGAAGGACAACUUUUGUCAACUUUCUUAUCCAAUAUUCUUCCACCAACCCUAUAAAACAGGAAGAGAAACUUAAUGGAAUUUGGUAAUUUCAUCAAAUAUAUUCAUUAUUGGGGGCAGGAAUAACACUUAAAUCCUCCUCUUUAUUGCUGGCAGUAAAAAUAUGUCUUUUGGAGAGCAGAACAUGUCAGAAUGUAUAAGGUGCAACUGUUUGAUAUGAAAACCAUAGGUUAGGAAAUUAUGCCUAUGACACUAAAACUCCAAAAAGUAGAAGACCACAUUGAUGUCACUCCAUUUUAAAAUGGAAAGAACAAGUGUUCAAGAACAGGAAUUUGUGUGAAUUGCAUUUAUUCCUAUAAUAACAUGAAAUCAAUGAGAUGAUGACAUAGACACAAUAACAAAAGAAGAAAAUGUGGCUUUUUUUAGCCUUCAUAAUCUAAUCAAAUAAAUAUCUUUGUGUGUGUUAUGUUCUUUUAAGUGUUUA